CCACACACUACAACAAGUCAACAACCACUCCACUUCUUUCAACGAUGUCUUGCAAAUACUUGACGGUCUUCCUACUCCUCGGAGUCGCCAUCAUCUCUGCUUCAACUCCCUCGGUCGCCGGCGACGACCACGAGCUCGACAGGUUCGGGAGAAACAAGCCUCACAAGUCCCACCAUGGCCGCGGACACGGGCCGGGACACGGACACGGCCACCUCCUGUUAGAGGAGGAGGACAACAAUGUUGUUGUCGGAGAGGAUCACCGCGGAGGCCGCGGUAAGGGGGAGAAGCCCUCGCCGGAGCACAAGCCACGCCACGAGCACAACCACCCCUACCCGCCUAAGGAAGGAGGGAAGCACCACCACCCCGGAGGAGGAAUGAGGCGGUUGUUCGCGGCGGCGGAGGAGGAUGUUGUGGCUGAGGGGGAUCGCUACUCCGGCAGAGGACGUGGCAAGGGUGAGAAAGGGUCCGGCCGUCACCAUCAUGACCAUGAGAAGCCCAAGCACGAGAAGCCGCGUCACCGCAAGUUCCCUCCUCCGUCUGCCAACUAAUUAAUGUGUUGUUGAAAAGGUCCUGUAUUAGAGAAGUCGGUAAUGUGGUAGUAUCAAAAUAAAGGAGAUGGUGCAGUAGUGUGCUACGGUCGUAUGUUGAAUAUUGCGCCUGCAUCAUUUUGCCUUUAUGUUAUGUACUCGUUUGUAUUGUAAUGUGGUAUGGUAUUGUUAAAGCUUCCGAUUGCCAAACAAUAUAUUUUGGUGCUCUUUGCUUUUGGUCUCGUGGCCGUCGGCUACUUACAGCCCUACGUAGGCGCGUUUUACUUUAGUAAUCGGAUACUAUAAUAUUUUGUCGAUGAAAUCACUACUAUGGAAGAACUAUCGGUGCGCUAUUAUUUCAAGAUGAGCUCACUAAUACUGAUAGGAUAAACAAACAUAGGCAAA